AGAAUUCUGCACGGAACUUUUUCGAUGUAACACAUUGUCUUCAAACAUCCUGUUAAAGAUGGCAGCUUUAGUUGAACUAUCACGUGUGAUUACUGAGGAGGAAUGUUGUGCUUUUGCAGGGUCUGAAGGAGAUCGAGAGGAUUCAGAUAACGUUUCUUCGGAAGGCGAUGCAGAUGAUGACAAUGACAGUCCCAACGAGUCCUCAGGAGAGGGGCCGGGUGAGAAUGGGAAUGCAGAGAAAGAGAGUGAAAACCCAAACGCUGGCUGGGCCGAGGCCAUGGCAAGAAUUCUCCUCAAGAAAACGCCAGAAAGCAAAACAGCUAUACUGCUCAAAAAUAAAGAACUGGAAAAAGUGAAAGCAAAAGAAAAGCAGGAGCGACUGGAGAGAAGAAAACAGGUGGAUAAGAAACGGCAAUGGGAAAUGAUGUGCAGAGUGAAGCCAGAUGUUGUUACAGAUCGAGAGACUGAGAGGAAUUUUCAGAGGAUAGCCACAAGAGGUGUAGUUCAGCUGUUCAAUGCUGUUCGGAAGCACCAGACAAACAUUGAUGAGAAAGUGAAGGAAACUGGGGGAUCGGAAAGAAAACGGGCCAAGCUGCUGUCUUCCGUGUCCAAGAAAGACUUUAUUGAUGUGCUUCGAGGAAACAAGAGUGAGAAGCAGUCCAAGGCAGAGAAAGGCAAACAGGUUGAAGUAAAAUCAGAAGACAAGACUUCCUGGAACAUUCUACGUGAUGAUUUCAUGAUGGGAGCUACCAUGAAAGACUGGGAUAAAGAAAGCGAUGAAGGGCAGGCAGGAGAGGCUCAUGGGGAAGAAGACAACAGCUUUUCUGACUGAGUUGUGCAUCCUGAUAAAUAAAGAUCAUUUGUCUUGUAUGUGAAAAAGCUUAUCAUUCUAUGAAUGUGUAGACUGUAACAAGCUUAAUUGUGCAGAGAUCAUCAAAUUUGAGCUUUCGAGUUCCAAUUUGCUUCACAUUGAAAGUAAAAUGGCACACAUUUAUUGUGUUAAUAUUGCUAACACAAGUUUUUAAAGACAUUUGUGUACAGUUUGUGGGUGCAUGUAAACUUGCCGUUUAGUAUACUAAGGAACGUUACCAUUGAAUGUUUUUUGUUUUUUUUCACAAGAAUUACAAUGUUUGACUUAUUUUUAGAAGAAAAAAAAAGUAGUAAGAACUAAAUGUUCACUGUUUCUGGGAGAGAGAAUUAAAAGAGCAUUGUACAGGCAUGGUCUGAAAAAGAAAUCACUAUUUUUAAGAAGGUGCUUGAAUAUGUUCUUUUAGAAAAAGUUCAUCUUGUGUAGAUAAUUUAUGUACAUAAAGCUCAACUUGAAAUCACAGCUGUUUUACAAAUUAGUAAUUAGAUCAUUCAUAAUAGCUCUUGUAAAAUAUACAUCUAAUGUAAUAAAAUAUAUCUUAAGAAGGCA